AUGCUAUCACAGGAGUUCAACAAGCACGUUUGGAGAUCUGUUAAGUUUGCAAUGUCGGCUCCUUUUGCAGUAGGUAACAAGAAACAGGCUACAUUGGCGAGGUUUUUCUCUUCAGUCAAGGAUAAGAGCCGUUCUGAUGAUGAAGUCGCAGAAAAGGCAGGUAACGGGAGUUCGGCUACUUCAAAUCUUAUAGGGGAUAAGGCUAGGAAUGGCACGGAUGCAAAUAUUGGAAAAUCAGAGAUUGAUAGUGCCUCCGAAGCAGGAGAUGAUCUGCAACCGGCGCACAAAAAGGUGAAGUCAUCAGCAUCAAGCCAGACAGUAAACGGUGCCAAGAAAGCGUACUUCUCAACAAUACCAUACAGAGAUGUUUGUAGGAUAUUUCAGGAGGUCGAAGCAACUUCUUCAAGACUUGCCAUUAUAAAAAUAUGCUCUGAUUUUUUGUACCACAUUAUGAAGAAGAAUGCGCAGAACUUGAUUCCAACCACUUACUUGUUUAUCAAUCGGCUGGGCCCAGACUACGAGCCCGGGUUGGAGUUGGGGCUUGGGGAAGGGCUUUUGAUGAAAACAAUCAGCGAAUCGUGUGGUAAAUCAUUGGCACAUAUAAGAAGUCGAUACCAAGAAAUUGGUGAUCUGGGACAAAUUGCAUUGGAAGCCAGAAGUGUCCAGCCCACAAUGUUCAAACCGCAACCUUUAACAGUCGGGGAAGUAUUUGAGAAUUUGAGAAAUAUCGCAAGUUCACAGGGUAAAGAUUCACAAACAAGAAAGAUAAAAUUGAUAAAAAGAAUGUUGACCGCUUGUGAAGGUGUGGAAGCCAAAUUUUUAAUAAGAUCGUUACAAUCCAAGUUAAGAAUUGGUCUGGCCGAAAAGACUGCUUUGAUUGCACUCUCUAAGGCAUUGUUGAUGAAUGAAUAUGAGAACACGGAAGAACCAUCGAUGGAGUUAGUAGAACAAGCAGAACAGAAAAUAAGAGAUGCGUUUUGCCAAGUGCCAAAUUACGAAAUUGUCAUAAAUGCAUGUUUGGAAUAUGGUAUUAUGGAACUGGACAAACAUUGUCGCUUAAGACCUGGAAUUCCAUUGAAACCAAUGCUUGCGAAGCCUACCAAGGCCAUCUCUGAGGUGUUGGACAGGUUUCAGGGGCACACUUUUACCUCAGAGUACAAAUAUGAUGGUGAAAGAGCACAGGUUCAUUUGUUGGAAGAUGGCACUAUGAGAAUAUACUCACGUAAUGGUGAAAAUAUGACAGAAAGAUAUCCUGAGAUAAAAAUAACGGAUUUUGUAAGUGAUCUUUCUGUAACCAAAUCGAUGAUUCUUGACUGUGAAGCGGUAGCGUGGGAUAAAGAUCUGAAGAAAAUCCUGCCUUUUCAAGUUCUCAGUACCAGAAAGCGGAAAGACGUUGAACUAAAAGAUAUCAAAGUGCGCGUUUGUAUAUUUGCAUUUGACAUCCUAUAUCACAACGGAGAGGGACUCAUCAAUAAAAGUCUGAGAGAAAGACGCGAAAUCCUACACAAAAUAACCAACCCUGUCGAUGGAGAGUUUCAAUACGCCGUCGAAAUGACGACGUCCAACUUGGAUGAGCUGCAGAAGUUUCUCGACCAAUCUGUCAAGGACAGCUGCGAAGGUCUGAUGGUCAAGACCUUAGACGGCGAAGAGUCCCACUACGAGCCAAGCAAAAGAUCCAGAAAUUGGCUGAAACUCAAAAAGGACUAUCUCAACGGGGUUGGCGAUUCCCUUGAUUUGUGCGUUCUCGGGUCCUACUACGGCCGCGGAAAGAGAACAGGUACCUACGGUGGCUUUCUCCUUGGCUGUUACAAUCAGGAUACCGGAGAAUUCGAAACUUGCUGCAAGAUAGGCACAGGGUUCUCCGACGAAAUGCUGCAGUAUCUUUACGAUACGCUGAAACCCUCUGCAAUGGACGGGCCCAAGGCAACUUACGUUUUCGAUUCAACUGCCGAGCCAGAUGUAUGGUUCGAGCCCACUCUGCUCUUUGAAGUGCUCACAGCUGACCUUUCCCUCUCUCCGAUUUACAAGGCUGGCGCCGCCUAUUUCGACAAGGGUGUAUCACUGCGGUUCCCAAGGUUUUUACGCAUAAGAGAUGACAAAUCCGUGGAAGAAGCCACGUCUUCCCAACAGAUCAUCGAACUUUAUGAGAAGCAGUCGCAUCAAUAG